AGGAGCCAGGGGUCAACUCGGACUUUGUAAACAGGAUAUGGCGCCAGGGCCCUGCCGGGAGGUGCAGAGUCCAGGAGGCUGGGGGUAGACCCUCGUGGGGGCAGGGUGCUUGGUAAGGCAGGAGGACCAACCGGGACUUCGUGGGCUGGAAGUGGGCUGGCGCCUACUUCCGGUGCCAGGCUUCUGGGCGGCACUGGACAGUGGACUCUGACCCAGGACUUGGCCGUCCUGCCCUCUGCAUCCCCCAGACGCAGCCCUGUUACUGCCGCCACCAUGCUGGCCCCCAAGACUGCACUCUUCUUGACUCUGCUCUUGGCUGGGGGCUCCCUGAGCCAGAGGGCUCGGAGACCCCCUCCGCCAGCGUCCCCCAUCAGCACCAUCCAGCCGAAGGCCAACUUCGAUGCUCAGCAGUUUGCAGGGACGUGGCUCCUCGUGGCCGUGGCCUCCUCGUGCCGCUUCCUGCAGGAGCAAGGCCACCGGGCUGAGGCCACCCUACUGCGUGUAGCAGCCCAGGGCGCAGCUAUGGCUGUCAGCACCUUCCAGAAGCUGGAUGGCAUCUGCUGGCAGGUGCGGCAGCUCUACUCAGACACGGGAGUCCCCGGCCGCUUCCUGCUCCGAGCCCGAGGUGCCCGCAGGGCAGUGGACGUGGUCGUCGGGGAGACAGACUACCAGGGCUUCGCCGUCCUGUACCUGGAGCACAAGCGGCGGCUGUCGGUGAAGCUGUACACCCGCUCGUUCCCGGCAAGUGACUCGGCCCUGAGUGCAUUUGAGCAGGGGACCCAGAGGGCCAACCUGACCGAGGACCAUAUCUUGUUCUUCCCCAAGUAUGGUUUCUGCGAGGCCACAGACCAGUUCCACAUCCUAGAUGAAACAAGAAGGUGAGUCCAGGCGGCAGCCCUGACCUUAGAAGGAGUGAAGACCCUGAAGGGGAUGGCACCUGCUACCCCACUCAGAGCCCCGGGGCCGUGCGGGGUCAGGGCCACCCCAUGGGGGGACGCUCUCCCGUGUGUGCCCCGAAGCUGUCCGUCACCCACAGAGCUCAGGAGCAUUACCUUCAUUAAACGCUGUCCAGCUUGGCCCCUGACUCCUUCCUUUCUGUGUUGGGCCCGG